UGAAAUAAUUGUCUCCAAAUGCCAACUCCAGAAGAGAUGCCGAGAAUUCAUGAGCACAUGACAUCACGUUAGUGGAAAAUGAAAGAAUGGCCCGACACGCUGUCCUCCAUAAUUAUUCAUCUAUGUAAGGGAAGCUGCAGGACAGGUCUAUGGUGAGCAGAGGAUGGAUCUCAUUCAUGGCGAGGGAGGAAGUGAGUUGUUUCAAGCUCAAUCUCAUAUGUACAAGCAUAUUUUUAACUUCAUAAAUUCCAUGGCACUCAAGUGUGCAGUUGAGCUAGGCAUACCUGACAUAAUCCACACCCAUAACCAUCCCAUCAGUCUUCCCCAGUUGGUCUCCGCCCUUCAUCUCCCCCCUACAAAAACCAGGUAUGUGAACCGGCUCAUGCGUGUGUUGGUGCAUUCGGGCUUCUUUGCCACAGCAAAAGUUCAUGAAAAUCAAGAAGAAGAAGAUGAAGGGUAUGUUCUCACAACUUCUUCUAGGCUACUCCUCAGCAAGGAUAACAAUAAUGUUCCCAACUUGUCAGCCUUCGUUCUGGCAAUGCUCGAUCCAGUCUUGGUAACUCCUUGGCACUUCCUAGGAGACUGGUUCAGAGGGAAUGACCUCACAGCAUUCGAUACUGCGCAUGGGAAGAGUUUUUGGGACUAUGGAAGCCAUGAUCAUAAAUUUUUCAACCUUUUCAAUGAAGCAAUGGCCAGUGAUUCUCGAAUGAUGAGUUUGGUCAUUAAAGAUUGCAGACCAGUUUUUGAGGGGUUGGGUUCGUUGGUUGAUGUAGGGGGCGGCAAGGGGCUUAUUGCCAGGAUCAUUUCCGAGGCCUUUCCUCAAUUGAAAUGUACAGUAUUUGACCUCCCACAUGUCGUUUCUAACUUUCCAGAGUGUGGGAACUUGAAGUAUGUUGGAGGCGAUAUGUUUCAGUCUGUCCCUACUGCAGAUGCCAUCCUACUUAAGUUGGUUUUGCAUUCUCUGAGUGAUGAGGAAUGCGUGAAGAUACUGAAAAAAUGCAGAGAAGCAAUUCCAAGCAAAGAGAAGGGAGGAAAGGUUAUUGUCAUAGACAUAGUGAUAAAUGAAAAGAAAGAAGAACAUGAUAUAACUGAAGCGAAGCUCCUGUUUGACCUACUGAUGAUGACUGUGGUUACUGGGAGGGAAAGAAAUGAGAAAGAAUGGGAAAAGCUUUUCUUGGAGGCUGGUUUCAGCCAUUACAAGAUAAACCCCAUAUUCGGUUUAAGGUCCCUUAUUGAGGUGUUCCCUUAGACUGAGAGUUCAGUUGUGUAUUAUGAGCUUGGGAUAUGAGUCCAAUGUUACUCUGCAGCAUGGUCACCGUUGUUGCAGACUCUACAAUUUGAUGUGCAGCAACUAAAUGGAAGAAUGGCUUCAAAUGGGCAGCAGAAUUACUGGUUGUUUCCAAUUAAUUAAGUUGUUACUUGGUUGUGUCUGUCUUAAAUUUCAUCCCAUUCAUGUUCCAUCUACACAAAUUUUGGGCUCUCUGCAGUCGGGGGAAAAAGGGCUGCUGGGAGGGUUCUUGAUCUCCUGGGAGCAACUGCUUUUUCCUUUCAGGCAGACGAUCAAAAACCAUGCAAGCUGGGAAAAUUUGUUGCUUGUAUUGAACAUUGAAUGGUGAGUUUUUCAACAUUAGAUUUACAGCAAUUAGCAAAAGUGGGGUUGUGAUC